AUGUUUAAAUAGACUGUGGGCCUGUUGAAGAAACAUUCAGCUUCUUCUUUCAAGCCUGAACAAAGCAAUAAUCAGCAGCCAUGGUUGAGUGGACCGAGCAGGAGCGCAGCAUCAUCAACGGCAUCUUUGCCAACCUUGACUAUGAAGACAUCGGCUCCAAGGCUCUGUGCAGGUGCCUGAUCGUUUACCCCUGGACCCAGAGGUACUUCGGCGCCUUCGGCAACCUCUACAACGCCGAGGCCAUUAAGACCAACCCCAUGAUCGCCGCCCACGGUGUCAAGAUCCUGCACGGUCUGGACAGGGCUGUGAAGAACAUGGACGACAUCAAGGCCGUCUACUCCGAGCUGAGUGUCCUGCACUCCGAGAAGCUGCACGUCGACCCCGACAACUUCAGGCUGCUGGCUGACUGCCUCACCAUCGUCAUUGCCGCCAAGAUGGGUCCCGCUUUCAACGCAGACACUCAGGCCGCCUUCCAGAAGUUCUUGGCCGUGGUGGUGUCCGCUCUCGGAAGGCAGUACCACUAAACUGCAGCCUCCACGCCAGAAGGAGAUCUGUUAACACGUGUAACGUGUCUCCUCAAUAAAAAAACAAAACAAAACAAAAAAA